CUUUAUGGCAGUGAAACAUGUCCGGUAAGAGUAGAGGAUAUCCGUAGGCUACUAGUAUUUGAUCAUAGGUGUCUUCGAAACAUUGCUCGUAUAUCAUGGGACCAUCGAGUAAGUAACACAGUUGUUAGGAAACGGGUACUAGGUAAGGAUGGCAAAUCGAUUGAUGAAGUAGUGAAACUUCAUCAGUUGAGAUGGCUGGGACACGUGUUACGUAUGCCGAACGACCGACUGCCUCGACCUGCUAUGUUCAGUGGUAUAGGAGUAGGUUGGAAGAAAGCUAGGGGCGGCCAGACCAAAACAUGGCACAAGUCCUUGAAGUCACUGACAAGUGGACUGAGCCAUGUUGGUAGGUGUAGACUACCUGGUUGGGGACCACGAGAUGAUAGCAACCGAUGGUUAGAGACCUUGAAUGACAUGGCUCAAAAUCGUUUGCAAUGGCGCAGGUGCAUCCACUCUUUGUGUUCUCCCAAAUUCUAAUCUCCUGAUUCCUCCUCGUCGCUUUUUUCUCUUCUUAAAUUUAUUUCACUGUAUUAUACUCUUUAAAUAACAUCUCCAAACCCUAAUCUUUUCGAUUACUGCUUAUACUCUUACUACCUCUACCACUACGGGAUUUGAAUCGACUACUGCAUCCCUGUGCUAAUUUGUUAUGGCAACUCGAACUGAUGUACGAUGUACGAAGUUCUAUGUUACUGACUGACUGACUUUCAGCUUUGAACUUCUACGUAUGUCUACUUGUCGGCUCUAAUGCUUAUCUUUACCCGCUUGUUUGCUGUGCAUUCGGUCUGCCCUUGGCUUCCUCUACGCCAGUUCAAAAGUUGUCAAUUGUGUGCCCUUGUUCUUCCUUUCUUGUAUCCUGGCCUUGAUGUCGAUAGAGAUUCAUUCCUUAUGAUGAAGUUUCUCGAGGCCUAGCACCGCCUAACACGUUGAAGUGAGCGCUUUCUUGAUCUCUUUCUAGUUGUUGACUAACUAUGGAUCCAGCCAAAUUAGAAAAAUUGUUUGAACAACAGCUGAAACUGAUGGAGAUGAUUACUCAGGCGCACAUAUCUUCUCGAGUCUCAAUUACACCGACAAUCCCUCAAUCAGUUGAUGGUAUUACCAGUAGUAUUUCAGAAUUUCUUUUGUGAUCCUGACUCCAAUAUUACAUUUGAUACUUGGUUCAGGCGUUAUGAAGACCUUUUCAAAGUUGACUUUCCUGACAGAGAUGAUUCGUGGAAGGUGCGUCUUCUCCUUCGAAAACCUGGUCCAUCCGAGCUGGACAGGUAUUCCAACUUCAUUAUACCGCAGAACCCACGCGACCGUUCCUUCGACGCCACUAUUCAGUUUCUUAGCCAACUUUUUGGUGAUUAUCAUUCACUUUUCAGUACUCGAUAUCGCUGCUUAAAACUGGUCAUGAAUGAGUCCGAUGACUUCUUGACCCACGUCGGCGUUGUUAACCGUGAGUGCGAACGAUUCAAGCUCAGAUCCCUCACUCAAGACCAAUUCAAGUCCCUAGUACUCAUAUGCAGUCUUCAAUCACCAAAUUCUCCGACAUCAGAACUCGGUUGCUUAACCGCCUUGAACAAGACCCAACACUGACACUCAAUGCGAUCAUAGACGAGUACCAACGCGUCACCAAUCUUCAGCGUGACACCACUUUGGUUCAAUCUGGGGGCCAGGGGGGUUCCGAAGUUCAUGCUGUUCAGCACCAAAAAAGUCUUUGAAAUCGACAACCUCGAGUCCUUCGAACGCCAGUGCUGUUUCUGUCUCUAAUCACUCUAAUCACCACAACGGAAGCUGUUUUAAGACUGCAGCCAGAAGCUACGCCAGUUUUUCUCCUCAAACGUACAGUCCCAUACGCAUCUAUACCUCUGGUUGACGCUGAACUUCAGCGUUUGGAAACUGAGGGUGUUCUAGUACCUGUUUCUUAUUCAUCAUGGGCUGCACUAAUUGUGGUUGUAAAAAAUCCAAUUGUUCCAUACGCAUCUGUGCAGACUUUUCCACAGGACUCAACGCGGCUCUACAACAGCAUCACUAUCCGCUGCCGAUCCCAGAUGACUUAUUUACUAUUUUAAAUGGUGGUACCUACUUUGCUAAGCUGGAUCUGGCGGAUGCUUACCUUCAAAUUCCCGUCGCUCUCGAAUCGAGAGAGUUGUUGACAAUCAACUGUCACCGAGGACUUUUUCAGUAUACAUGGUUACCCUUUGGUAUCAAAAGUGCUCCAGCAAUCUUCCAGCAGAUCAUGGAUACUAUUCUGGCAGAUGUUCCUGGUGUUGCUACAUACCUUGACGAUGUCCACAUUGUCGGCUCAACUGCUGAUGAACCGCAUACCAGAAUCCACUUAGUUCUACAACGCCUCCAGGAUAAUGGUUUUCGCCUUCGCCUAGGAAAAUGCCAGUUCUUCUUACGUUCCUUUAAAUACCUGGCGCUUAUCUUUGAUGCUUCCGGACGACACCCUGAUCUUCAAAAUACUUAGGCAAUCCAAGAAAUGCCUGUCCCCACUGAUGUCUCCUCACUGCGAUCAUUUCUGGGAAUGAUUAGCUACUAUUCAGCAUUUCUUCCAUCACUGCAUGACGUACGAUAUCCAUCAAGUCGUCUGCUAGAAAAGAAUGCUGCUUGGGAUUAGUCAACGCAAUGUGAAUCAGCCUUUUCAAAACUUAAAGCCAUGCUAAGUUCCAAUCUACUGCUAACCCAAUACAAUCCGAAACUACCUAUUGUGGUUGCUGCUGACGCUUCAAAACAUGGGCUGGGUGCCGUACUGUCGCAUGUCUUCCCUGACGGUUCAGAGAAAGCGGUGAUGCACGCUUCGAGAACACUAGCACCUGCUGGGAAACUCUACGGCCAGAUCGAGUAGGAAGCGUUAGCCCUGAUUUUUGCUGUCCGGCGAUUCCACAAAUUCAUUUACGGGCGCCGUUUCACCUUGCUCACAGACCACAAGCCGUGGUUAUCAAUAUUUGGAUCAAAGAAAGACAUUCCUGCCCAUUCUGCUAAUUGUCUUCAACGUUGGCCGUUGGCGUUAUUGGGGUGCGACUUCGACAUCUAGUAUCAACGUUCCGAAGAUUUUGGUCAAUCAGAUGCACUGUCCAGACUUAUCAGUAACCAUUCUACCACUGAUGAGGACACACUCAUAGCCAUAAUAUCAACGGAAGAGGAUUCCGGUGCUACACUAUUAGCGAAUGCCGUUCGAGCAAUGCCUGUUACCGCUGAAGAUGUUCGGAAAGCUACUAGAGAAGACCUAAUUAUACAAGAAGCGAUCACCUAUGUUCAGAGCAGAUGGCCAGUUAAGCAACUGAGUGGUGAUAUGCAACAACUAGCGAAUCGUCUCAGCGCCCUCUGUGUUGUUUACGCUUGUCUGAUGUUCGGUGUUUGCGUAGUAAUUCCAACAACCCUACGUUCUAAGGUCCUACGCCAAUUUCACUCUGGACACCCAGGGAUAAACCGUAUGAAAUCCAUCGCUCGGAGCUAUGCAUAUUGGCCGAACAUGGACAAGCAGAUUGUCGACUUCGUCAAAAGAUGUUCACAUUGUCAAAAGCUGCCAAAAAACCCCCUAAGUUGCCUCCAGUACCCUGGCCAAAGUCAGAAAAACCCUGAUCGCGAGUGCAUAUUGACUUCACCGGACCCCUAGAUAGUACCACAUAUUUGAUACUGGUUAACUCCUACUCCAAAUGGCCGGAGAUAUUGCCAAUUGUGCCACACUCUACAACUCGAACCAUCAAACUUAAUCAGAUUUUCGCUCAGCAUGGUCUUCCAGAAACAAUAGUAACAGACAAUGGUUCACAGUUCACAUCUAUCCAUUUCCGAGAGUUUCGCCUGCAAAACUCGAUCAACCAUGUCCAUUCUCCGCCAUAUCACCCGCAAUCUAAUGGACAGGCUGAAUGGUUCGUUGAUACAUUUAAACCAGCCAUGCUUAAAGCAUGAUGGGAGAGAACCACAGAAGAUAUCAUAGAACGAUUCCUAUUUGUGUACCGGACGACCCCGCAUGACUUAUUGCCAAACUUCAAAUCCCCUGCUGAGAUGCUUAUGGGGCGAAAUCUACGGACAGUCCAUGGUGCGAUGACACCCAAGCAAGUGGCCCAGAAAAGGCCCCAGAUGAAGAAUACUCGAAUUCCCUACGAAGUUGGUUCAAAAGUGUAUGCGCGGGAUUAUAGACAUGGAUGUGAUAGAUGGGUAGAUGAUGAAAUCACAAAGAAACAUGGGGAUGUCAUGUAUGAUGUCAAAGUGAACCAAGAAAUCUGGACCAGGCACCACAAUCAACUAAGGCCAAGGGAAACUAAGGAGAAAGAAGCAAUUACAAAACGCAUCCCACUCGACUUGCUGUUGGACACUUUUCAACUUCCGACAGAGACAACUAAUUCAUCUACUCAAGUAGAACAUCCUUCUGGUUCUGGGUGGUUGCCUCAGAGGUCGGACCGCAAACGAAGACACCCAAAGAAUUUUCACGUAAACCCUCGGUUACGUCGGUAUUAUCCUGUUAAGUCUAAUACUAUCCUUAAACGUGAAAUUGUGUCAUUUUCCUAUUGGUCAAUAUUUAUUUCAUGUGUCAUUUCCCUACUGGUCAAUGUUUAUUUCACAUGUCAUUUUCCUGUUGGACAAUAUUUAUAGUAGUCCUAACUGUUUAAAUAUGCAUUUGUCUGUAAAUUCUUAUUCUUCUCCUGACCCCAUAAACGCUUUUCAUCUACGGUUCGUGUUCUGAUAUAUUGGAGUUUGGGAACAGUAUUGCGGUCGUACUGGAAUAUCUGAAGUUGAUCAGUCGGUAGAAAUUAGAGUAGCCACCCGCGGUCCACAAUAGGUUGUCAGAAGGAGCAUCGGCUCCGUGAAUUCCGAAUAAUCUUGACUUUCACUUUGAGGGGUCGUAAUUCUUCUAAAUGGAGAUUCUUCAACUCCCAUGAUAGUCUGAAGUUUCUUCUGGUUUGAGUGUUGUUUGGUAAUGUCGUUUUCUACGAGAUGGAGUUGAUAACCCUAUGCACGACCCUUCUCCUUUACUCGGGUUUGGGAGUGACAUCAACCGUACAAGAGCUACAAACGGAUUUCACCUGAUAUUCGCAACCUGUCACCCAUGCAAGUACCGAUCGAGCUCAACAUUGCUUAUCUCCGGCAAUCGGUCGGUAACAGGCGUUUUCGAUAUUUGUACAGGUGUAUGUUUUUUUUGCUUUCAAGUAGAAUAUGUGUUAGAGGAUGGAACUUUAAUGCUGUAAUGUUACUAUUUAACCAUAAUAUUGUUUUCCAUUUCCAUAGGUAUAAUUUUAUCUCAGUUAAUGUUUUGCAGAUGCUGACAAAACUAUCACCAACUGGAUAAUUGGUUAGACAUCAUCAGAAAGUUCGAAGUUUUUUAAAAAUUAAUAAAUUUGUUUGUAAAGUUUAUUACUUUAGUAAUUUGGAUUACUUUGUUAACUGGUAAAGAAAUCACAUUACUCUUUUGAAGAACGAAGUUCUAAUUAAGUGAAGUGGUAUUUAUAAGAAAUACAUUACCGUUAUUUCUUUUCUAGAGUCUUCCCUCAUUAGAAAUGACCAGAAUUAUGUUAUUAACAAGCAUGUAACGUCAACAAAUUCUAAUUGGGAAUUCUGCCAAUGAUGCAAAAUAUCGAUUUUAAACUGUCACAAAAUGAUUUAGAAUAAUGAGCAACACAAUUAUUGCGUCAAUAUUCGCUUUCCACUUAAAUUAAAUUUCACAUUAUAUUUCAUGUUAACGUCGUAGGUUGAGAACAUUGUUGAGAUAUCUUCCUCGUUAUCGGAAUCGAAUAAUGUCGCCCAAAAAUCACUACAUAAUUGGGACCCGAAUCGCGGUUGUAUUCUUCUUCAAUGUUUGCAGUAUCUACUAGUUAUGUUUGGAGAAUAUGGAUGCUUGCAUUCGGAAUUAAAUAGUUAUUUGCUUUGUUUGUUACCAGUUGUUGAGAAAAUCAAUGGUGUCAUUAUUUCCUUACGCCGUAGUCUGUUUCUGCUCAUCAUAUUUUGAUUCUAUUAGCUGGCCUUUUGAUAUUAAGUGGAACGAAUGCAUCGUGCAAUUACUUGAAGCUGUAUGUUCGUUAGAAUACUCUGUAUCAAACUUAGAAUUGUUUAGCUUCUUUUGGAGUUCUGUUUAUCCUGCGUUUAAAAAGGCUAUUUCUAGACAGAAUACCAAAUGUGCUCCUAUACCCGUGAAUCUAUUAUCGAUCCUAUCCAAAAUUGCACUAUAUUUUAUUCGUUUAUCCAAUAUCUGUUUUUCAUACUGGAGCGAACAUAAAUCGACCAUCUAUCUUCUUGAUCCCGCUGACCUAUUUGAUUUGUUCACAAUGAAUCCGUCUAUAGAUUUUUCGUUUCAUUUUAGUAUUAUGAAAGCAAUUUUUGGCACAUCUAGUACAAUUAAAGAAUUGGUUAUCAUUCUUAGCUCAAGUAAAAAGGAAACUUCUACAGUUGCUUGGUUAUUCUUCGUCGCUUUACUAACGUAUUGUUUGUUUGUUAGGACUGUAAAUUCGUUUUCGACAGAAAGUCAUGAUGAUUUCGUCUUUCCGUCUUUUAUAAGCGAAAUUCGUGCUUAUCUGCCAAAGCAAAUAACCAUUUCAACAAUCUCCAAUUUAGAUCCUGAGACCAUUUUCAUUAAUAUAGCUGCUUAUUUCGAUGAACUCUCUGUAAGUCAUUUACCUUUAUCCUGAUUUCUAACUUUUUAAUCUAGUAGUUUACACGUUUAGGAAAGACAUGACUUAAAAUCCUAAGAAUCCUAAGUCACUGAAAUCACCACUAAUUCAACCACACUUUGGCUGUUCUGUCAUAAUUGAAAUUUAACUGAAGGUCUGAAUCAUUGGAUUAUUCAGAUGUAUCCCAUAAAUCAUAUGGUCGAAAUACCGAAUUCAAUGCAUGUUAGCACACUAUUACUUAGUUCAGACUUUCAGUGACAGCUGUAGUUCAUAGAGAGAAAGAUAACAAGACUUCAUUUUUAACUCUUCAAUAAUAUGCACUAACCUCCCUCCCCCAUCAUUAGCUGUCGCGAAGAGUUACGAAAAUCAACAUUAAAAUUCUUUCGUGAAUAGAGUAAUACAUUUUUGUCAGUCCUGAAAUGCCCUGGUACGAGCGAGUGGGAGAGUCAGCUCUCCCACUCCAAAUGCUCUCAAGUGUCCAUGUGCAUACAAUCACUGCCAGGGAAGUUCUACUCACUACCUUCUCGUAUUGGGAGUAUUGUUUACGAAAUUGAGAGGACGGAAAUCGAAUGUAUGGCGCUUUAACGGGGUCGGUGGAUACGGAGGAUCCACCUAGGGGAGUUGGAAAACCCUGAUUCCAAACCAAUGGUGUACAUGCGCUCCAGGAUCCUUAGGAAACGAAUGGAGUAUGAACCAAUUGUUGGUCACCGACUUCCAUGGGACUGCAUCUCCUCACGUUGCGCCACUGCCUUGUGGAUUAGACCUUUAGGUCAAAGGUCUGGGAAAGCCACCUGUUUCGGUUCGGGCACUCGGGUAGUAUCCCAGCCCUCACAAAAAUCAAAUGAUUUAUAUGGCUCAUAUCCGUUUGGUACCUCCUUGUAUCAAUGUUUAUGUGUUUAAAUGAAUAAUAAAUAAAUAAAUGUUUCAAUGGUUAAAAUCAUGAGUCAAUUGAAGCUAGACCACCAUGGAAAACCUGGAAGCACUGGAUAACCGUUUCGUUCUAUUGUGGGACUCCUCAGCAGUGCGGAUGUUUGUCAAUCUGUUUUUUUGAACGACCAAACUCCAUAUUCAGCAUAUGUUGCUAGAAACUACUUUCUUGAAGUCUUGUUGACACAACUCAUAUCACUCAGUUGCUUCCGCUACAAAGACUAGUAAUAAGCACUGUAUAAUCUUUGUUUCUCGGCAAUUAACAUCAUUAGGUCCUAAUCAACUUGUUUAUAUAAAAGUUUGUUAAAAUCAUAUAAUAUUAUUACAAAUUUGAAAUGAAUGUCUUCAUUAGUAUCACGGAAUUAAUGUUUUCCGCUGUAACAAAAUUUGUUUAUUUAGUCAUCGAAAAUAAGAAUAUUUUUGUUUUUCUACCCUCAGAGUACUUAAAGAUUCAUUUAAACAUUCACCAUCAUUUUACUAUAAACCCUUGAAAGAUGCUAAUCUUGUAUAGCAUUUUGCCAACUUGGUUCCUUAUAUACUCUUCUAUGAGUAAGUGAAAGUGCACGUUCCCAUUCCUAAAUUUAGAUAACGAUUUCCAUGAUCCAAAGAUUGGAAUUAUUUGGCAUUCACUCGUAAGUUAGUUUUAGCACGUCACCAUCUAUUGUAAAAAUUUGAUAAGGCAUAGUGAAAUUAGGUGUAGCAAUACUAAUAAAAAUGUUUUAGUAAUAAUAAGUCUCUCCACUGAUACGCUUAAGCUGUCUCCUUAACCAGUUCCAAUAUCUCCAACUACUUCUACCCAUCAACUGGAACACUAGAGAGGUGUGUAUCGCGAGUGAAAGCUUCACCCCAAGGUUGUUUCAUGUACAGAAAAACGAGGGUAUUUGUAGAAAUGCACACGACCUUGGGCCGGGUUUCUGGAACCAUAUUAAAUAUAGUUGUUGUUGUAGUCAGGGUUAUUAUCCAAUCAAAACUGUAACUCAUAAUUCUGCAUUUCCUAGAUGUUUCUGCGAAGAUUCUGUUCAACGCUGACUGGAUUAAACGUCUCCGGGCUUCUAGGGACUUUGACGAGGGAUAUUUGUGGGACUCCUCCAAUAUUACAUGUACUUUUGAUACAGUAGCGUUUUGUUUAAUAUUUCAUGUGCCAUCUGACAUGUAUUUGUCUUUUAACCUUUUCAUUUGAUUAUCUGUAGACAUUUCAAGCUCGGAUGUUAUUCAAAUCUGUUUUUGUUGAAUAUAUUGGUCGAUUAAGUGAGUUUAUUUGUACAUGUUGCUCUGUGUCCAGUUCUGCACAGGAAAGUGGUUUUGGGUUGAGUCACACGACACAGAACAGUUUCUUAAAACCGGAGGAUUUAUGUGGAAGCGGUUAUCGAGUGGCAGGGAUGUUAAUUCGUCACUGUUCAAUGUUACUUUAUUCUCCAGUCACUACCGAAGGCUCAGUAUCAAGCUUUGAGAAAUUGGUGAAUCACUUUUUUCUUCCACGACAGUUAUACGAAACACAGGAUUCUAACAGAUUUUCUACUCUCAACGAAUCCAAUAUAUUCCCAUGUUAUGUUAUGGAGUCCAUGCAAGAGCAGCUACCUGAACUUACACGUGGUAUUGCUCAAUUAAAUUGGAAAAGUGAUCCUUAUCUAUGUCGCAUAAUAAAAGACAUUGUCAAAAUACAUUAUAAACACCUUGGUCCAGGAGCUAUUGCCUUUUAUAUCUUUUUUUUUUAAAUUAUUUAGUCAAUGGUACUAAAUAGCCCUACAUUGGAUUUUCGGACUCAUAUUUUGCAGUUUGCCACUUACGAUCAAAUUAUCUAUCUGACUGAGAGUAAAGCUUUGUCCGUUUCUGGUUGUGAACAAAUCACAUAUCAGCGCAACAUUCUGUCUAAUGUAGGUCUCAAAGUUCUAUUUUUCAAAGCUUUGGUUUCAUAACUAACCAGUUUUCUCUACUUGACAUUUUCAUGUUAUUAUUCUUAACAACUCAAACUUUUUUGAAAAUUCGAUCCUUUUCUAAAUGAUCUCGUUUAUUGAAUUAAGUGCCUUCAUAUGCCUCUGCAAAUUUGUCAGAUUAGAAUUGGAUUUCCUUGCAUUUUCUUCCUUUGAAAACAGUAGUUAAAAGGCAAUCAAUGUACAAUAGCAUUGUUUGCAGCGUGAUUCGUGGUUAGAUUCUGUGUAUUACAUUUCCGUUGACUACCUUAUAAUAAGACUAUCGCUGUAAGAGACAUUACUGUACAUCUUUGAUCUGAAAUGAAUUUCUGAAUGAAUGGAAUGAAAUGUCAUCCCGAAGUCAUGACAUGGGGAUGUCAUGACUUAAAUAGAGGACACUUGAAGUUCUCAUUAGUAUGCACAAAAAAUGACAUUAAUUUUAAAAGGCUUUCAAACUCAAAAUAUCAUACAAGAAACAACAUUUUAGCUUGAUGUCGUGUGUUAAUAAGAUAGGUGGUUUUUAUAUAAUCACUAACUUCAAUAAUCAACUCGCGUUACCCCUUUGUUUGAUAAUGUUUUUGGCUAAUGUUUUUCCAAAGAUCAGAUUAAUCUGUAUUUCCCCAACUUAAGUAUAAAUUUGACGGCUUAGUAAUCUAAAUAUUUGUGAUAUUAAAAUUAUUUUCUUGUAACAUUUGUAGCUGACUCUAAAAAGUCUUACCAACGAUAUCCCCCGUCUUUCGAUUAUCCGUAUUCAAGAUUAGGGUAAAUGAAUGUCAGUUCUCCCAUAUACCAUCGCAAAAUCUAUGUUUUAAAUUCGCUUAUCUGAGAACCUUAUGAGAUCUUCGACUGGUCUAUAUGAUGUUGUUGUCCUACUCUAGUCUUAAAGUAGCUUUAAGUCACUGGAUCCUCAUUAAGUCGUUUAUAUCUUCCCUUGUUAGGUGUAAUCAAGACGGGAAAGAACUAGCCUAAUAAACUCUGUUGUUAUCGCCAAAUACUUCCUGACUGAUUGCAGCCAAUAUCUAGUAGAGAAGGAAUAGAUGCGUAAAUUGGGGAUGUUUCAAACUUGACGUUUUCUUCAACUCGCCUUUGCUAUUUCACCUCUGUUUUUAUUAGUUAUUCUAUCAAUAAGUUAUCAACGAUAUUGUAAAUCUCAUGACUGCUGUCUUUUAGCGUGAACAAAGUUCAAUCACAAUUAAUUAUGCCAUUGAGUGUAUGGUUUUAAAUCAGUUUCUUAUUGCCAUCGUGUUCUGUUGCUACCAAUUUACUGAUUAAUAUUCUAUAUUUUUAGUGGUCGAAUAUGUUCUAUUACUAUGUAGUUAUUAUUUCACAUGCGUUUAUCUGAUUAUUAUUCGAAAUCGGAGUUAUUGCAAAUAAUUUCUUCUCCUUUAAAUUAGUGGGUGGAUUUCGCAUAUUCAAUAUACUCCAAUACAUAUUCAAGUGGUAUUUACCUGAGGUUAGUUGUCGAACUCUCUUCCAGACAUCUCCAUCCUUUAAAUGAAUUGCUUUUUUAUCAUCAGUAUAUAUUUGUAUAUAUAUCAUAUCGGUUGUAUGAGACAGGACAUUUAAUACGUACUGAUAAGACACGUUAGUAUGCCGUUUUUUAUUACGUAGACAAACAACUAGGCAACGCUGCGGACAUACUUCCUGUACUCAAAUCUACUGCCAUAUUUUUUUAUGUUUGAUGGUAGCUAGUAGUGUGACAUCUCAUAGUUCAUAAGUCAUUUUACCAAGUACCCGAAAAUGAGCUGUCUAACAAUCAUGUAAUGAGAACUAAUUUACUAUUCAUAACUAGACACUACCGGUGUUACGAAUAGAAAACGGAGUGACUCGCAUAUCAUAUCGAGUGUACUAAUACCUAAAGAUGGACUUGUAGUUUAGAUGUUUUUCAGGACUUACUUUAGUAAUAACUAAUGGGUCGUAAUUGAUGGCGAAAACAAUCGGGUAAUGUCGCUAGUUCGAACAUGAUAGAAGCCAACUAGCCAGAGUAUCGAACUCCAUACGGUCAGUGAGUUGAAUUGUAAUCAUAAUUAUCAGAUCCCGAAAAUAAAUGUAAAUGGUAACUUAGCUUUAUGAGAAGAAAUUAAGGUGCCUGGCAAAAGUAUUUACUGAAAAUCAAUUUACCCAAACUGUUGCAUCUAUUACUCUGUAAGUUGAGUAAGUAUACUGUUAAAUGUAUUUUUUCUAAGGUUAUCUAGUGGUGGAUAGUAUGCAUCCAGACACUAGUGCAACUAAGUAAUUUUCACUACUAAUUGUUGUGAUUUUCUUAUACGUUACCUACCUAAUCGACAACCAGCUAACAUUAUCCAACAAGAAUCUCGAUUAUAAAUCUUUCUCGUCUACAGACUAACGUCCUAUGGUUUGGAUAAUUGAAACACCUCGACGGACAAGGAAUAACCUACUGGUCCACAACACGCACCUGUUCUGUCCUUGUAUUUAGUCCGAAGUAAAAGGAUAUAAUGAGAAGCAAGCUUCUAUCAUCAUAUUUCAUUCACUCAGGUGAACCGCAGUCCGUUGUCCAAAACCAAUAUGGGGAAUAUGAAAGUAUUGUAAUCAGGUUAUUUAAUAUACAAAAUAAAAAUAUGUAAUAAUAUUCCCUAAAAUAGAUCCAAAAGUCAACAUUUUCUCGGUAUUUGAUUCUUUAUAGUAGUACUGAAAGCUUCUUUUGAGUUUUGGUCGCUUACUUAAUAAUUUGUCUCUGUAUUAUUAUAUGUUCUAGUUGAGAUCAGUACAAACAUCAAUAUCCAGACAUCUAAAGGUUUUUUGCUUUAUUUAUUAAGAGAACAUUUUCAGAAAUGUGAUCGUAUUCAUACAAUUUUGAAAUUACAUAUAUUCCCUGCGUAUCAUUCCUUUUUUUUUUACAGUGAUGCUCCAUUUUUAGUUUGCCCUAUUCUACUGUCAAACACCUUAAAAGAUUUAACUAGCGCAUUGAAUUCUGAUAGUCGCAAACACAGUAUACAUAUUCUUAAAACGUAUAAAGAAGCGGUCACAUCGGUAGCUUGUAAAGAAACAAGAUCUCGUAUCCUUGAGCUCUGCUGUAACCUGGAUAAGAAAACCAUGGACCCUUCAUGCACUCUUGUCGCAUAUUUUGGUCUAAAAUAGUAUUUCUUUCAGCCUGUUCACAUUAGUGAGACACGAAUUAUGUGUAACGCACCCUAAAAAUGAUAUUUACAUUCAAUAAAGUUUUUUAUCACUUCGUCUUAAUGAUUGUAUGGGAAUUAUAAAUCGGAUAUAUAUGGCGCCUUUUCGAAACUUAUCUCUUUGUUACAAUUGUCUCAUCCCACCGAUUUCGUUCUCCGGCGGUAAGGUCUCAACAGGUUGUCCCUUCGGCACUGCGGUCACGCUCUCAGAUCACUAAAACCAACUCUAGCCCAAUUUCCUUCUCAAGUACCUCUAGAAGAACCCUUCUACGGUGUGGGCAACCGGGAAGUGAUAACCGCCCUCAUACCUUUAACAGCACUCAAGACCACUGUAUUCAUAAUCAACCUCACUCUUCAAUUCCUAUCAUCCCUCCUACAUCGACUUUCAAGCCUAAACUUCCUCCUCAAGUGUCACCAUAGCCGACGAUUCUAGUGCGCAAAACACUGUCUCAGGUCUACUGAAACCUCGCUCAAAACUACACAUUGGAGCCUUCAGAGUACUCACCCUAUGUCAAAUCGAUCAGUAGGCCUCCUUGGCUAAAACCCUAGAACCUCGUACCAUUGAUGUAUGCUGUGUCUCUGAAACACACAUACAGGAUCCUAGUGUGAUCAUUCACUUUACCUCACCUAGCCAGAACGGGGAGCCAACGAGAUACGCGCCUCGUUUAUCUGGCGACCCGAUGGCAGAUUCUCGUGGACUAGCAAGUGUAGGCAUAGCACUAAACAUGAGGGCGGAACAACCACUGUUAGAGUGGAUCCCCGUUAACAGUCGUUCAUGUGUUGUUCGGCUAAACGGCCCCGUAAGAACUCGGAAGGAUAGGGACACACGUCGUUGCCUUUUUGUCGUUUCUGCCUACACUUCCACUGACUGUAGCUCGGAUGAACUGAAAGAUGAAUUUUAUAGAAAGCUCUCUGAACUUCUUCAGAAAGCUAAACGUUCAGAUAUAGUACUCGUAGUAGGUGACUUGAAUGCCCAGAUCGGUAGUUUAAACCAAACAGAAAGGCAUUAAGGUGCGUGUUUUAGUACUCCGGCUCAGCGAACAGAUAAUGGUGAUCGUCUUCCUCAACUGUCCUCAGAAAAUCGUUUAUCUAUAGUAAUCACUAAUUUAAGCAGAGACAUCGGAGAGAGCACUAUUUUAAGCAUAAGAAGAUACAUCGUCUAACAUGGCGACCCCAUACACCAUAUUGCCAUCAUUCAUCGUUGGAGAGGGUCGGUAGAAGGUUGUCGCUCAUUCUGGAGUACCUGCUUGGACUCAGACCAUGCCCUAAUACGAGCACGCAUCUGCUUGCGCCUCACUGGACGCAAGAAAGUCACAUUAAAAAGACCUACUAGAACUGAAAUGAGUAACGAGAAAACCAAAAGUAGGUUCCAGGAACAACUGAGGUCACACUUAGGUAGUUCUGAAAACGAGGCUGACCCAGAUGUUGCUUGGAAAGAUAUACAAGCAGCUGUGGAAACAGUAGUGACAUCUACCAGUAAUUUAAACCACAAGGUUACAAAGAACCAAUGGAUUUUUCAAGGUCUAUUAAACUGAUGGGUUCUCGUAAACUCAUACCAUCAGGUUCUGAACACGAUGAAGAGCGUAAACAAAUCAGAUCUAGGUUAAGCAAAAGUCUAAGGAACGACCAUGAGCAGUAGUGUGCAACGAAAGCGAAAGAGAUGGAAAAGGCGGCGGCUAUAGGUAACACAACACAGCUCUACAGACCAAUAAAAGAAACUGGAAUUAAUAAGUCAAAUGUAAGUCAGAGUAUUUCGAAAAAGACGACACUUAUCUGUUCUCAGACCAGACGUUUAGGAAGAUGGGCGGAACACUUUAGAGAACAGUUCAGCUACUCUACCAUUCCCAGACAGUGUGAAUAAAACAUUGAAGUAGGUCCCCCAACUCUGGCUGAAGUUCAAGAGGCUAUAGCUAUUCUGAAACGAGGAAGGGCAGAUGGAUUGCCUCCAGAGGUCUUUAAGGAUGGUGGUCCAAUUCUAGCAAUUAGGUUGACUAAUAUUUUAGCUAAAAUCUGGGAGUUCGACGUAAUCCCACCUGACUGGUCACAAUCACUGAUUGUCCCAAUAUAUAAGAAUGGAUCAAAAUCAUCCUGUGAUAACCAUAGAGGGAUUAGUUUGACUAAUAUAGCACCUAAAAUACUAGCCUCAAUAAUCAUCGGACGCUUAACUAAGAUUCGUGAACUGCACACACGAGAGAAUCAAGCUGGCUUCAGACGUGAUCGUGGCUGCAUCGACCACAUAUUCACCAUUCGUCAAGUUCUAGAACACAGGCAUACUUAUCGGCGUCCGACAAUGGUGGUCUUUCUUGACUUGAAAGCAGCAUUUGACUCUAGAGACCGAGAGGUUCUGUGGCAGUAUCUGUCAUUGAAAUGUGUACCUCAGGAGUGCGAUUUUGCAACUUCUCCAUUCCUGUUCAAUUUCAUCGUAGGCCUACCGCUGGGAAUAACGUUCUCGUCAUCUGAAUUUUCAGGAAUUGGUCUUCUUCCAGGAGGUCCACUUAUCGACUUAGAAUAUGCAGAUGACAUAGUCCUGUUUGGUGAAGACGCUGACAAAAUGCAGAGUCUUCUGGUAGCACUGAGCAACAAUGCCGGAAUUUUUGGGAUGCGUUCCCCCCUCUAAAUGCAAGUUGUUGCUUUAGAACUGGCCUGUGUCAACA